GUAUACAAAGGGUCACAACGGUAUGGGGCGUGAAUUCCAUUUCAAUUACGAGGAGGUGACAGACGCCAUGCAGUUCUGGCUGGGACCGUUCAUGCCUGGCGUGGUGGUCUUCAGCCCAGAUACAGUCAAAGCAGUCGCCAAUAAAAAUGAACCGAAGCAGGAGUCGGUGAUGAGGUUUCUCCAGGAGUGGAUUGGCGAUGGCCUGGUGGCCAGCCAGGGGGAGAAAUGGGCCCGUAACCGACGGCUGGUGUCGCCGGCCUUCCACUACUCCGGACUGCGACCCCAUGUCAAUAUCUUCAGCGAGUGCGCACACAGGCUGGUGGACAAAUGGAAGAAGCUCUGUGGUAAGGGACAGACAACAGUCAACGUGUACGACCACAUGGGACUGCUGACGCUGGAUAACUUGCUCAAGUCUAUCUACAGCCACGACAGUCACUGUCAGACCGAGGGGUGCACCUACGUCCACGCCGUCCGGAAACUGGCCGACAUCUUCUUCAAACGCUUCGUCACCAUGUGGCAGUACUUCGACUUCCUGUUCUACAGCUGCAAGGACGGCCGAGACUUUCGCAGAAUCCUCAAGGUGGCGCUAGACUUCUCUCGAGGGGUCAUCGUCAACCGCAAGACUUCGGCCAAGAACGGUCAAGCGAGGGCGUUUCGCGACCUGCUGGACAUAUUGAUAGACGCGCGGGAUGAUGACGAGAAGGGCCUGAGUGAAGAAGAGAUCCAGAACGAAGUGAACACAUUCAUGUUUGGCGGGUACGAAACCACUAGCACCGCCGCCACCUGGGCCCUAUAUUGUCUGGCCCAACAUCCCGAGUACCAGGACAUCUGUAGGAAAGAAGUGGACGAACUGAUGGACACCAACGGCAGUGAACAUCUCGAGUGGACGGACAUGAACUCUCUGCCGUUCCUGACCAUGUGUAUCAAGGAGAGCCAACGGCUGUACCCGACUGUUCCCUUCGUCUUCCGCCGCCUGACGGAGCCGCUCGCCCUCAACGACGGAAGGGUCAUACCGCCAGACACGACGGUAUAUAUUUCCAUGAGCGGUCUGCAUCUCAACCCCACGGUUUGGGACUCCCCGCAGGUGUUCUGCCCCGAGCGGUUCUUGCCCGAAAACUCGGCCAGCCGCUCGCCCCACGCUUUCCUGCCCUUCUCCGCCGGGCCCAGGAAUUGUCUCGGGCAGCAGUUUGCCAUGUUUGAGUUGAAGACUACCUUCGCUAUCUUGCUUCGUCAUUUUGUAUUUACGGCAGACGACACCAAGACCAUCAAGCUGUUCAACGCGGGCUGCCUGCGAAGCGAGACUGGUAUCCACGUGAUCAUGACACCACGUGACACGCGGGACGAGAAGGACUAGUUUCCUGUCUUUCCAGUAUCGUUCUGAUGCUUCCUCAAUCUCGUUCCCAUGCUGUCGAACAGUACGCUCUCACCACUACCUGCUCUCUCACCCUGGUAUUUGAUCGUUUGCAUAUCAAAAACUUUCGGAUACGUAUGCAGAUUAGGAAUAGUCUGGUGCCUGACUGUGCUUUACGUUAGCGUUUGUUUUUGUAUGCGGUGUUUGGGGUAAAAACAGAACCAAUUCGUUGCGAAAACACGAUUUUCUUUUAAACGUUGAAUGUUACAAUCUUAUCCAGCUAAUCUGCAGUAUCACAUUACAUAUUAAUAUGAGCGAAACAGGGGAGGGAAGAGGAUUGUUUGUGAGGUGGAGUAGACGUAAUCAUUCACAGCGAACAAUAAAAUACGUAAUACUCGUUGGAAA